GCAGGUCAUCGUCUCACCUCUUUCUUUCAAUCCCACUUCAAGAUGACUCCGACUAUUAAUCCCAAGAUAUUUGUACAAGAUCUACCAACUCCAGAACCAGAAUCUCCUUGUAGACCUCGCCAGCCUUACCGUUUUUCUACCCUCUGUGCGACAGUAGAGAAUCCUUCUCAGAAAGAUCAAUAUGGCUCUAGCUCUGUACCAAUAUACCAAACUUCAACUUUUAAAGGUAUCAAUGGACAGUACGAUUACUCUCGCAGUGGAAACCCAACUCGCAGUCAUCUAGAACAUCAUCUUGCAAAGAUAUCAUCUGCAACUCAUGCCCUUACUGUGUCUUCUGGCAUGGCUGCCCUCGAUACCAUCUUGCGCAUGCUCAAACCCGGUGAUGAAGUCAUCGCAGGAGAUGACCUUUACGGUGGUACUAAUCGCAUUCUUACCUAUCUCAAGACACAUGGCGGUAUCACCGUGCACCAUGUAGACACUACCAAACCUGACACUCUCCUUCCUCACGUCAAUCCUGAAAAGACUGCUAUGGUCCUCCUCGAGAGUCCAACUAACCCUCUUCUCAAAAUCGUCGACCUUGCACGCAUAGCUGCCGAUAUCAAGGAACGCGCCCCCAAUGCCGUCAUUGUGGUCGACAAUACCAUGAUGAGUCCCUACUUGCAACGCCCCCUCGAGCAUGGCGCAGAUAUCGUUUAUGAUAGCGCCACUAAAUAUCUCAGUGGACAUCAUGACCUUAUGGCCGGUGUAAUUACCUGCAACAGGGAUGACCUUGCCAAGCAAAUGUCAUUCAUCGUAAACGCUGCCGGAAAUGCGCUCACUCCCUUCGACUGUUUCCUCCUUCUACGAGGAUCAAAGACUCUUGCUAUUCGCAUGGAUCGCCAGCAAGCUACUUCCAUGCUUGUCGCUCAAAUGCUCGACCGCCUUGGUUUCAAAGUCCACUACCCCGGUCUUGCAGACCACCCUAACCGUGAUGUACACGAGCGAAUUGCGGACGGCUAUGGCGCCGUCCUCAGUUUUACCACCGGCGACAAGGCUGUAAGCGAGCGCAUUGUCGCCGCGACACGUCUGUGGGGCAUUAGCGUCAGCUUUGGUUGCGUGAAUUCCCUCAUCAGCAUGCCAUGCGUCAUGUCACACGCGUCUAUUGACCCUGCUACGCGUGCUGAGCGUGGCCUGCCGGAGGACCUGAUUCGACUUUGUGUUGGUAUCGAAGACCCCGCUGACCUCCUCGACGACCUUGAACGUGCCCUGCUCGAGGCUGGAGCGAUCACCCUCACCGCAGGGGCGGACUCACACCAGCGCUACGUUCGGACCAUUCCUUCCGAGGGCACUGCCAUCUCCCGCGCCGUCCAGAAACUCGCAUUCAAUGAGUCUGCGGGACACGCGACAGAGCUCGACAAUGAGGAAAGAGAGUGGUUCGUUAGCGCCCCAGGAAAAGUUAUCCUUUUCGGCGAACACGCCGUGGUGCACGGUGUUACGGCAGUUGCUGCAAGUGUGGAUCUCCGGUGUUAUGGCGUCACGAACCCUCGCCACGAUGGCAAAGUCAGUGUGCACUACAUCGAUAUCGAUAACUUCACGCAAGAGUGGGAAGUGGAUGAUCUCCCUUGGGAUGCCGUCACUCCUGUGCGAGUCGGUGAUGCACACCCUGACUCUCUGGACCACAAGCUCGUUGAUGCAAUCACUACUCGUGCGCUGUCACCCGAAGUUCUCGCAAAUCCAAGUGCACGGCAGGCGUGCGUCGCGUUCCUGUACAUGUACAUGAUCAUGGCACAACGCGGGAUCAGACCUUCCUUCAACUUCUCCGCUCGCGCCACGCUUCCUGUCGGAGCAGGCCUCGGGUCCUCCGCAUCUUUCUCCGCCUGCGCAGCUACCGCUCUCUUACUUUUGCACUCACGCAUUCAGCUUCCUGCACAGCCCGCCCCGACCACUGCUGGUCACAUCCAUAUCUCCCACCAGGGCCGGCGCGCAAUACCGCCUGCGAUUGCUGAAGAGGUUAACCGAUGGGCAUUCGUGAGCGAGAAAAUCCUGCACGGUAACCCAAGUGGCGUAGAUAACUCUGUUGCGGUAUUCGGCGGCGCACUGUCAUACACCAGAGCAGGGUUUGGCAGGAAAUCGGGCAUGAUCCCGAUCCAGGGAUUCAAGUCUCUGAAAUUCCUCCUGACGGACUCGAGGGUACCGAGGAACACGAAGCAGCUUGUGGCUGGUGUGGCUGCCUUGAAAGAGCAAGAGCCCGAGUUCGUCGAUGGGCUGCUCAAUGCCAUACAGAGCAUCAGCGACGAGGCGCAGCGAGCGCUUGCUGAUCCCAACCUAUCACGAGAAACACUAUUGUCAGCUCUGUCUGCUCUCAUCGAUGAGAACCACGGCCAUCUCGUCAAGCUCGGGGUAUCACAUCCCUCUCUUGAAGCCAUCCGCUCUAAGACCGCAUCCCCUCCAUAUGCACUCAGCACAAAACUCACUGGUGCCGGAGGUGGUGGGUGCGCAGUCACACUGGUCCCUGACAACCUCUCAGAAUCCAGUCUUCGCGAGCUGAUGGCAGCGCUGUCAACGAACAGCUUCGUGCCCUACCUCACAUCAGUCGGCGGCAGCGGCCUCGGCAUCCUCUCGCCGUACAACCAGCCUCAACGACUUGCGACACCACCCGAGACGCCUCCCGAAGGUGCCGACGAUGCUGGUGUUGUCGAAUUGUUGCGCGAUACUUUUGCUGGUAAGGCGACGGCUGAACUUUCUGGGUGGGCGGAUGGUCUGGGACGAUGGCUUUUUGUUUAGAUGAGGUGUUGGUAUCUUUGUGUUUGCAUAAAUCUAAGAGUACAUUGAGUGUAUAUGUAAAGCUU